UCACAACUGCAGGAUUUUACUCAAUCUUUACAACAUGUACGGGGACCGGAUUAUGCUUUGGUUCGUUUAAAAAAUAAAGAUAAAGCCGUAAAAUUUAUAAGACUAUACGGUUUAUUGCAAUCGUUUUACGAUUUAAUGUUUGCCAUAAAUAAUACACAAUUCUAGAGACAAGUACUAUAUAUAUCGGCUGAAAAACGAUGGGUAUUAAAUGCAUCACUACAGACUGUGACGAAACGAAACUUUACUGGAACGACGGAGGAGGGGCACACUGCAGAUGAAAAAUCAUCACAUGGUGGUCAUGCAGUGUACACCUGUCCCAAUCACAUGAGUUUACUCACUGUGACGUGUGUUGAACCAGCUCACCCCCUUCAGGUUGGGAAAUGGAGGACAUAUUUAUGUAGGCUGGGGAGACAGUGACUGGAACUCUUGCUCUAUCCGUCUUCACGGCCGUCUUGGGGUCUCUGGAGUUUGGAUACAACAUCGGGGUCAUCAAUGCCCCCCAGAAGAUCAUUGAGGCAGAUUAUAACGCCACAUGGAAACACCGAUAUGGAGAGCCCAUCCCCACAGGGACCCUCACGUCUCUGUGGUCCCUCUCCGUCGCCAUCUUCUCCAUCGGGGGCAUGUUCUCCUCCUUCUGUGUGGGCUUUGUGUCCGAGUGGCUGGGCAGGAGGAAAGCCAUGCUCAUCAACAAUUUAUUUGCUUUCAUUGGUGGGAGUCUGAUGGGACUAUCCAAGCUGUGCCAUUCUUUUGAAAUGAUGAUUUUGGGCCGUUUUAUCAUUGGCGCCUUUUGCGGAUUGUCUUCUGGUCUGACCCCCAUGUACGUUGGUGAGAUUGCUCCUACGAGUUUACGAGGGGCACUGGGCACUUUACAUCAGCUGGCUAUAGUCACAGGUAUUCUAUUAGCACAGAUCCUAGGUCUUGAAUCGUUAUUGGGGAGUGCAGAGUUGUGGCCAGUCCUUCUUGGUCUAACUGUCGUACCAACUGUGUUACAAAUGGCCCUGUUACCGUUUUGUCCUGAGAGCCCAAGAUUCCUCUACAUUGUACGUUGUCAGGAGCAUCAUGCCAAGAGUGGCCUGAGGAGGCUGACGGGGAGGCAGGAGGUGGGAGACAUGUUGGCCGAGAUGAAGGAGGAGAAACGUCGGAUGGACAUGGAGCGGAAGGUGUCCAUUUUGGAGCUGUUCCGUUCUCCCAUGUACCGGCAGCCCAUGAUCAUCGCCAUCAUGCUACAGCUCUCACAGCAACUGUCAGGAAUCAAUGCAAUUUUCUACUACUCCACCAAUAUCUUCAUCAGCGCUGGGGUCCAGAGUCCAGUCUAUGCCACUAUAGGAGCGGGCGUGGUCAACUGUGCCUUCACUGUGGUCUCGCUCUUCCUGGUUGAGCGAAUGGGGCGCCGAACGUUGCACAUGUUAGGACUGGCUGGCAUGUGCGUCUGUGCCAUUGUCAUGACUAUUGCUCUUGCUUUACUGGAUAAGGUUCCCUGGAUGAAUUACAUCUGUAUGCUGGCUAUUUUUGGGUUUGUGGCGUUCUUUGAAGUGGGUCCAGGCCCUAUCCCGUGGUUCUUUGUGGCAGAGCUGUUCUCACAAGGUCCCAGGCCAGCUGCCAUGGCUGUAGCUGGCUGCUCCAACUGGACGGCCAACUUUAUCAUCGGCAUGGGAUUCCAAUAUGUGGCUAAUGCUACAGGGCCCUACGCUUUCCUGAUUUUUGCAGUGCUCCUUCUUUUCUUCCUGAUCUUCACAUUUUUCCGUGUGCCAGAGACGAGAGGCAAGACUUUUGACCAAAUUGCAUCAAACUUCCACUCGUCCACCAGAAGAGUCAGUCUGGAUAUGGGACUAGACAUGGACAUGGAUACAGAUGGGGAAAUGGAAAAAGACAGCACUGAACUGACCUAUCUGGGAGACACCAACAACCACUGAAGACUGUUGAUACAAAAUAAGAUGAUAUUUUCUGAUUUAGGCUGGGAGAAUUGUAAUGCCAAAGCAGAAGGAAGAACAAAACGAUAGAUUAACUGCUGAGGUUAAGAUAUUCCAGGGUGAUGUCUGUGUUUUUGAAAGGUGACUGACUUUGAUUCCUGCACUUUAUCUAUAAAAGCUCUAUGAUAAAACCUGGGUGUAUCUCCAUGGUUACAAAAAAUAAUAAGAUGGGAACAGUUUGAUGUUUUCCUGAGUCAUGAUUGGUGGGUUUUUAAAUGUUUUAAUAGUAAAAGAAGUAUAAUGGAUUUAAUUGUUUUAGGUGGAAUUCUUGAUUGUAUUGUAUUUUAACAAGUUGUCAGAACCCAAGGUCUUGAAAUAUUCUUUGAGGUAGGGGUGGGCAAUAUUGACAAAACACAUUUUUUUCAGAAUACUAUAUUAAUUCAUCAGAAAGGCACUAAAGCAGGCCUGUAAAUGUCACAGAAAUAUGAAUUGUAAAAUAAAAUCACCAUCUCAUACCCUUUUUUGUAACAUUUCACAACACAUUUGUUAUUUUGAUUUCCAAUAAGCUCCCAUUGCUGGCUUUUUAAGAAGAAUUUCAAAUUACAACUUACUAAAAUAUUCUUCCCCAAACCAAAUUGGUGAGAAAAUUCAGUUUUCAAUAUCUCCCACUCAACUUGGGGGCAUUUCUGACUGAUGAUUUAUUGCACAACCGAAUUUUGGUGUACUCUUUAUUCUUUGUAUAUAACGCAUGGUAGCCUAACCUUUUUAUUGGUGUUCAGUGUGUUGAGCGGUGUGCACAACCUUUUCCUUCAUUUGUGAUCAUAUUUUUCUGAGUUACUGAACCAAAUUUUGAAUGUAUGAAAUAAAAUGCUUUAUUUAAAUUGAAAG